AUGAACGCUCGAACCUCGAAGCUAUAUUCAAUUUACUCAGCAGUUGGAAUAGCUUGGUUUAUGGGGUGCGGGCAGGGUCUUGGUGAUCCCAAUAUCAUGGGUGCUCUCCUUGGAUCUACUCCAACUCAACUUAUUGGGUUCCGUUCUCAGCCAGAAACUCAGAAAAGUCGUCAAUCCCAACAAGCCAUGUCCAACAAAGAGAAUACUGCACCCGUUGGCCCUCCUCUCCCUCCUUUUGCUGCGUCGCCUCGUCGCCCGUCGGAUUUUUGGUUGAAGAACCCAGCCUGGAUCGAUGGGGCCAUUGACCCUCCUCAUUUCUACCAUAGCCAUGACGAAAUCGAAGCCGCUCUACGUGCCACAGGUGUUUCUUCGAGGCCAUAUGCAGAUCAACAGGCUGCACUUUUAACACCUACCCCGAACCACUAUGCAAACAUCCAGCCACAGGGACAGGCUCUCAGGGAAGGUAGAGAUGUUCUCAAUGCUGCAAGCAAUGCUAGCCCCGGCCAUCUCAUAUCGGUUGGAAUGGUCUAUGCCCUCGCAGCGGCACCUGGUGCUGGUGGGCGUGCCCCGAAGGGACUUGUGAAGCAGAAGCCGAAGACCAAGAUGACCAACAUCGUCCUCGAUCAAAUCACUCGCACUGACUUCAUCAAGGCUUUCCUCGCGACUCACAAUCUGUCCGACAAGUACAGCCCUGGGGUCCACUCUGGACCUGACUUCAAAUUGUCAUGGUCGGGCUCGCCCGGUGGCAAAUCCGGGGCAGCAACCAUCCAAACGGAUGACGAGUUUCGUGUCGCUUUGGGACAUCUCCUCUCCAAACCCAAGGUCAAAUGCACGGUGUCAGUUGAGUUUGACCUUGAUAACAUGAUGGGGUUCCGCAUCCAGCAACUGCUCCCUUCGGCGGUGGAUGCUAACACUGAACCUACAGAUGGUGAGCUCGUCUAUGGGACCAGAGUUCCACAUCUCGAUGGUUUCAGCGAGGUGACGCAGCUGCAUGGGUCCAUCAUCAUGGAGUUGAAGGCAACAUGGCCUUGUUCAACUCAUCUUAAUGAGCAUGGUGGUGCGGGCUAUUGCUACAUUACAAACACAUCUGAACAUGUCCGACUCAAUGCUAGGCGGUUAAAGGCAUGGGCAGCUGCUGUUGCUGCACAUGUCGCAACGAAACAUGUUCCCCCCAACAUUUCGGAGUUCGAUGGUAGUCGCGAUGGACGUCUACCUGGACCUAGGCCUCGAGGCCGUGCAGGGCCAGGGCCAUCCGCCGCCACUCCUAACCAACUUGGUGACAUGAUGCAACUUAUAUCGGGGUUGCUUCCACUCCUUGGAAACAUGUCUCGAAAGCGCGUGCACUCUGAGUCAUCGUCUCCUGCACGCCGCAACCCUGUCACUCCUGUUUGCAAGGCACCUGUGUCCCCUCCCCUUUCUCCCAUCCCCGCAUCUGACUCUGAGCUUCGAUCAUGCCUCAGUGACUUCGCGGAGGUGAAAGGCAUUGAUCUGACUGCAUGUGAACAAGCUUUGAUCAUGCUUGAUCUCACCCCAGAUAUCAUCCCCGAUGUACCUGUCCACCGUUUGUGUGAUAUCACUCAUGCAACAGAAGGCCAGAUCCUCAAGCUCCAUGUCUUUUGUCGUGGAUGGAAUGCUCACCUUGAGGAGAAGAAGGAAAAACAGCACCGCAUUGCUCUUUGA